CAGACUAUCAUCUGCUGACGGACAAUAAAUACAGAGAGUCUGCAGGGCGACGCUCAGAAAUCAAACGUCGUGUCUCAUCUACAGGAAGAAAAACUCGGUAUCAGACCAGCAGACAGCAUGAGCAGAUCCACAGACUGGGUUCCUUCCUUGUGGAUGGAGACCUUCGAUGAACUACUGUACGAUGACAAUGAGCUGGACUAUGGAGACCAGUGGAGUCUCAACUUUAACUACACCCAGACAGACACCGUCACCAAGGAGGAGAGAAAGAGAGGCUGGAAGGUGUACUGCCACUGUGCAUAUGGAAAUUUCCAGUGUGAAUCCUGCCACAAGACGUGGCCUUCGGCACGGGUGGUGGUGUUGUUCCGCUACCGGCUGCGGGGUGACCGGGGGACAGUGAUCAUGCGGCCCUUUGGACAGGCCUGCCGCCGUUGCCGCGAAGAUGAGUUUGAUCUCCCUGGCUUUUCCAAGAGGGAGGUGGAAGAGGCCUUGCUCAGGCUGUUCAGCAAAAUCCGGAAGAAUUGCUAUGGAGAUGAGGAUGAUGACGAUGAUGGUGGCUCGUCAACAUGCUCUACCAAGGUGUGGACCAAACCACAUGAGUCUUCCCUGUGUGAGGCCUGCAUUAUGGGAAUUUGCUGUCAGGAUGAUGACUAGAAGUGUGUUUGUGUGUGCAAGUAAGUGUGUGGGAGUGUGUGGAUGUGCACUACUCAUGUUGUGGAGACAUACACCUGUUUCCACUGUCAGAUUUGGGGACUCGCCUUCCUUAUGGGGACAUAAUGCUAGUCCUCAUAAUAUAAAUCAUAAAAUUUUUUGAUGAAGACCUGGGUAAGGGUUUUGUGUGUGUGUAUGUAUACUUGUACAGCUAUAUUUGUAGAGGGGGACAUUUUUGGAAAGUGAGGACACUUUGGCCAGUCCUCACUCCCAGGCUUGAAGUUAAGCAUUUAGUUGCGAUUAAGGUUACCCUUAGUAAGGAGCUAGGGAUUGCACUAUGUCAGUGAGUGUCCUCACAAGGACAGAACAGUGUUUAUGUGUGUGUGUGAGUGAGAGAGACAGACUGACAGUUUUGUGCUGGUUGAGAUGCUCCUGGGCCGUUUGCACUUACACUUUUUUUCCUGAUAUUCCUGAUUUUGUUGGUUGAUUCAUUAUGUUAUUGUGCUAGGUUAACUGUGUGUUAUGAAAAUUAUAUACUGUCAGGACCAAUAAAGCGAUUGUUAUAGUAUGUAAAUCAGUUUGUAUAAUUUUUUGUAUUUUUGUGGCUACUAAUAAAGUCUGACCACUCUUUGA